GAGUGCGAGCAAUAAAGUUAUUUGUAAGCGGAAGCAGCCAAGCAGGGUGACUGAAAAACAUGGCUGCCUCCAUUGAGCAUACGUGACUUCAGUUGAUUGUGUUACAUUUCAUUUAAUCUGACGAUAAUAUAUUCUCAAUAUUCGCGGAAUAAAAAAAGUUGCAGUGAUUGGGAUAUCACCAUCUGCAGAAGGCGCACAAGAAAGCUAGACUGAAAGAUUGGGAUGGCUUCAUUUAAACCCACACGGAUUCCAUCUUAUCCCAAGAUUGGCGAGAAAGUAACACAGGACACGUUAUACUGGAAGAAUUAUAAGACUCCCAUCCAGAUCAAGGAAUUUGGAGCAGUGUCUGCAAUAGACUUCUCUCCUCUUUCCCCAUACAAUUAUGCAGUCACUGCUUCAACACGGAUCCACAUAUAUGGGCCCUAUUCUCAGGAGCCUGUGAAAACCUUCACACGCUUCAAGGACACGGCCUACAGCGGCAGAUUCCGGGCCGACGGGAGGCUCCUGGUGGCGGGGAGCGAGGACUGUGUGGUCAGGCUUUUUGACAUCAGCGGCAGGGUGGCACUCCGCAUGUUUCGCGGGCACUCCAAGGCAGUACAUUUAACAGACUUCACCUCAGAUGGGUUCCGAAUAAUAUCGGGGUCAGAUGACUACACGUGUCGACUGUGGGACAUCCCAAACUCAGUCGAGCUGAACUCCUACAGCGAGCACACGGACUAUGUGCGCUGUGGCACCACCAGCAAACUGAACCCUGACCUUUUUAUCACAGGCUCGUAUGAUCACACAGUGAAGGUGUUUGAUUCACGGACAGACAGGAGUGUGAUGAGCAUGGAUCACAGCCAACCUGUGGAAAGCGUCCUGCUUUUCCCUUCCGAGGGCCUUCUGGUGUCAGCAGGGGGGCGGUACGUAAAGGUGUGGGACCUGCUGAAAGGGGGACAGGCCCUGGUAUCCCUGAAGAACCAUCACAAAACGGUGACCUGCCUAUGCCUGAGCAGCUCUGGCCAGAGACUGCUGUCUGGCUCUCUGGACCGACAUGUGAAAAUCUACAACACUGCAACCUACAAAGUGGUGCACAACUUUGAUUAUGCUGCCUCCAUUCUGAGUGUUGCGCUAGCGCCUGAAGAUGGCGCUGUGGUGGUUGGCAUGGCGAAUGGAGUCCUGAGCGUGAAGCACAGGAAGUCCCCUGAGGAGAAGCCCGAGGCAGGAAGUACCAAGAGGCGGCGUCCAUCAUACCGCGUCUUCGUCAAAGGGCGAAAUUAUGCCCCAAAACAGGAGGACUUCUUGGUCAGCAGACCUGUCCGAAUGCACCUGGAGAAGUACGACAAGCAGCUGAAGAGCUUCCAGGUGUCUAAAGCUCUAGACACAGUCCUGGAGGCUCGGAUUCGGACAAAGACUCCCGAGAUCACCGUGGCCGUGAUGCAGGAGCUGAAUCGCAGGGGCAGACUGAAGAACGCCCUCGCUGGCCGAGACGAGAGGAGCCUGACCAUCCUGCUCAGUUUCUUGAUCGGGCAUGUUGUAGAUCCCAGAUUUACUCCAGUUUUGGUGAAUGUUGCUGAGAUGAUUUUGGACAUCUAUGUACAGGCAGUGGGCCGGUCGGCGCUGGUGGACAAACAGAUUGUGAGGCUGCAGGAGCUGGUGGAGAAGGAGAUCGAUCUGCAGCAGGAGCUGUUGGAGGUCCUGGGUAUGCUGGACACCCUCUUCGCCACCAUGACAACCAAGAAGGCGGCAGCCACUACGGAGAGCCCAACCAAUGGGGUGGCAGCAACUGGGGAGCAGGGCCUGAGCCUGCAGGCCUCCUGACUCUGUGUGGGAGCAGGUGCCACUGGAACCUUGUGCAGUUGAGGCACAGAUGCCCAGACACACCUGACUUUUCCAGAUUACUGCCACAGAAACAGUCAGGUGAUCAGGAGCAGGCUUAUUUCCACAGCCACAGUGCACCUGGACCCUUUGCAGCUGCUGCUUUAAGGAAAUGGCUCCUGUGUGAAAUGUCUGCAUUCUCUUUUUGUAAAAAGACACCACGGAUGAGAAUUCCCAUCUUCAGCCAACGACAGGAACAUGAAUGAAACAUUGUUAAAAAAGGUUUUUCUGCAAAGGAGCUUGUUCAACAUUUUAAUUCUACAUAAACCGUUUCAGUUUACUGUAAAUGAACACGUUUGAUGUGUUUAAAUGCAUUUUAAUUUAAUAGAGCCCUGUUUAAGCAUCAAAAGUGAAUUAUGAAUGUCCACAUGGUGCUUUAAGGCAGCUGGUAAUUAUGAUAAGUUUUCAUGUUUCAUAAAUUCUUCUGCAUAGUAAACUUUUCUAUUAUAUUUUU